AUGGUUGAGUUCGGAUUCGACUGGGACGUCGCAGGCUACCAGCAGAUGUGUGCAGCCCUCGCACGGUAUCGGGACGACGCUGUCGUUCACUAUGCGCUGGCCAGCGUGGAGAGGAUCUUCUCUUGGCCAAGCGGCACGCUCUUCUCUGGCGAAGGGGAGUACGAGGCGGCACCGGCAACAAACGCAGCUGCAGCGGUGUGCAUGCGAGGCUCGACGGUGCGGGUGCUGGUGAGGCACGCCCUGAACAAGACUGAGAUCUGCAUCGCCGUGGCGGCCACGUCAACCAUGCGCGACGUGCGGCAGGCCGUCGCGUGCCAGCUCGGGCGCAGCGACGUGGUCGAGGCCGGGAGGCUGGUGCGGCCCACGGGGCGGGCGUUCGUGUCCUACCGGGACGGCGAGCCCCUGGGCAGGCGGCGCAGGCUCCUCUUCCUGGGCCCAGACCUCGCGGCCGCACGGCCGCCGGCCGUGGCGGUGCUGCCUCUCCAGAGGGCCCAGCACCUCAUGCAAGAGCUCGCCAGGAUCUGCAGCGGGGCCGACUUCCAGAGACAGGUGGACGCCGCUCACCGCAGCAGGCGCGACGAGCCCACGAUCAAGAAGAUCAAGGGCUUUCUGUUCGUUGCGGAGUGCGGGAAGGCUCUUGAGAGCGUUGGCAUCUCGGGAGACCGGGCCGGCUUUUGCCUCAUGUUCGGCGCGGUCUACGAGCUGCGCUCAGACCCGCAGGUUGCCAGCCUGGCGCGCGAGGUCGAGGGCUCCCUCCGUGUGAAGCCGGGGUCCUGGCUCUGCUUCCCAGAGGCCGAGGGCUCCGAGAGCAGGGAGCUCCUGGCGCAAGAAGCGCUGGUGCUCGCCCGCGGCACCAGUGCCUGGAGCGACCCUCCCUCGACGCGCUCGCGGGCCCGCGCGAGGGACCCCGGCCGCAGGUGCGGGCCGGGCGACGCUGUGGCAGACGGCCCGCGCGUCCUCGCCGGGCCGCCGCAGCGCUCGGCCAGAGCGGUCGACCGCGAGGGCGCGCGGACGUCGCCGCGGGGCGGCACGGCGCGCCCCGCGGGCGCCGGAGCCGUCGCCGCGGAGCACAUGGCCCGGGCGGAGGCCAGGCGGCCGGGGGAGGCCGGGCCGGAGCGGAGGUCGGCGCGCCCCCGGGUGGAGGCCGGCGGUGGGCCGGGCGAGCCGCAGGCUGCCUCGUCGAGGGCGGUCGGCGGCGCGCUCGACGGUCGCAGCCAGCGAGCAGACGAGCGGGGCAGGCACGACUGUGCCGACUCGCCUGUCGGCCGGGGUGGUGCCACGGGCGUGGGCUCGGACGGGGAAGGGUUCGAACGCAUCCUGAGCGGCAGCGCAGACAGCAUCGACAGCAGCGGUGCUGGUCGUAAGGGGCACCGCGCCGGGCACGAUGUUCCUCUCUGGGAGGGGUUCGCGCCGGUGGAGCGUUUGCCGCGAGCUCGGGAGCGGGCACUACAAGGGUGGCUGCUUCUGUCCGAGGAUGCCCAGGACGCGGUCCCUCAAGCUGACAGCGGCAGUGGCAGCAGAGCCGCGUCGGAGAGCACGGACUCAGAUUUGGAGGAGGCCUCGCGGGUUAUCCAGGAGGUCGCGCAGAUGGUCGCGGACGCCCAGAAGGCGGGCUCGGCAACGUACUGGAUGAGGCAGAGCACCGGACUGCAGAGGACAAUCUCCAUGGAGUACCACGAGGAGUCCAUGCGGCUCUUCGGGCAGGAGUACGGUAGUAAUGAUUCCAGGUUCAGGUUCGGGCCCGCGUCGGAGAAGACUAACCAACAGAACAAGACCGAUGGGCUCGCGUCGUUCAUGCUCUCCACCGGCAUCGGUGACCAGAUGGCCCAGGCCCUGGACAGCAUCAACGAGAGCGACCACGAGGUCCGGCUGUCCUCGCUGAAGACCCAGGGGAUGCUGGGCGCGGGAGCGUUUGGGAAGGUGAUCAAGGUGCUGGACGCCAGGACGGCGGAGGUCUACGCCAUGAAGCUGCAGAAGAGGAACAUGACGACCAAGUUCGCCGUCCGGGAGGCGCAGGCCAUGGAGUACUCGCACGCGUUCAUCGUUCGCAUCGUCCACAUAUUUCAGACAAGGACGUUUUAUGGUAUUCUCAUGGAGUGCUGCGAGAGGAAUCUAAACAAGUGCAUCCUCGACUACGCAGACAGCAGCGGCUACGCCAACGGGCUGCCUGACGCGAAGACUGCCAAGUACACUUCGUGCGUUGCCCUCGCGUUGGACAGUCUCCACGGCAGGAGGAUCGUCUUCAGGGACCUCAAGCCUGAGAACAUCCUGGUCUCGUCGCAGGAGAAGGGUGACCACGCCAAGCUCACGGACUUCGGGCUGGCGCGGCGUAUAGACCCCCUGCCCGUGAGCCCCUGCACGCCGAUGACUCGGGCUCAGCGUCGGCCGAUCGCGCGGACGCCAGCCCGCGGGGCUGCAUCGACGCCCCAGUCAUGGAGCCGAUCGCCUCGGACUUCCCCAAGGCGUCGCCGGUGUCUGGCACGCUGUCCUUCAUGCCGGAGGAGGUGUGGAGGGAGGCCGAGUUGGAGGAGGAGGACGAGAGCACCGACGAGAGGAAGAGGCGCCUGGAGGCGAGGGACUGGUACGCGCUCGGGUGCUGCCUUGUGCUCAUGCUGCUCGGCGAGCGGGGCAACAGGAGGAUCACCAGCGAUGGGCGCGACGUGCUCCUGCCCCCGCCCACCCAGCAGGAGCUGUGGGUCACGCUGCGCGGCGCGGCCCGGGAGUGCUCCAUCGACGAGGGCGCCUUCAUGCUGGCGUCGUCGCUGACGGCGGCGUGGCGGGAGCGCGGGCAGAUGGAGGACGUGCGCCGCAGUCCCUUCACGAAGGAGGCCAUGUUAGAGAUGGCGGAGGUGGCGAACGAGAGCGAGGAGAACGCCAGGAGGCUCGAAGAGAUGGCGAUGUUUGGCAACCCCGCGACAGCCAGCACUGGCGGAGAGGCCUCGGCGACCACGCUGGACGCCCCCCCGCUGGGCUUUGACUUCUCCUGACCGCGCGCCGCACGACGACGACGACGACGAC